UGAAGACGACAGACGGACCCAGAGAGAGGAAGACGAGCUGGAAAACACACUGAUAGGUAACCGUCCUGCAGGGAAUCGGAUGUUUACCGGGUUUAGUUUGGAAAAAGCAGAAGAAGGAGGCGGUUGCUAGGCAGUACAGAAGUUGGGGUGGAGCUUGAAAAUGUCAAUAUGGCCCCUCUGCUGCCCCCUGUUGGUACGGAGAUGUUUAGACGCUUCACACCAGCCUCACUGGAGGAAAUUCAGCGAAAGCAUGAAGCUGAAGCGAAGCAGCAGCAAAUCAGAAAGGAUAAGAACAUCAAGAUAGCAAAGAAGUAUCUUCCUAAACCGGCAGGCGAUCUGGAGGAUGGGCAGCCCCUCCCCUUGUUUUAUGGAGACCGCGCCCAGGAGUUUCUCAACAUCCCAUUGGAGGACAUGGACCCCUUCUACCAAUCACACAAGACCUUCAUCGUUCUCAGCAAAGGAAAAACCAUCUACAGGUUCAAUGCCGAACCAGCUUGUUACCUGCUGAGUCCCUUCAACUCUCUGAGGAUCUUCUCCAUCAGGAUCCUCAUCCAUUCUUUAUUCAGUUUUUUCAUCAUGGCGGCUAUCCUGACUGACUGUGUGUUCAUGACCAUGAGUGACCCUCCAGCAUGGAGCAAGACGGUGGAAUAUGUGGUCAUGGUGAUCUACACGUUUGAGGUAAUCGUCAAAGUGUUAUCCAGAGGGUUCUGCGUGGGAGACUUCACCUACCUCAGAAACCCCUGGAACUGGCUGGAGUUCAUGGUCAUCAACAUGAUAUACCUGGCAGAGUUUACCCUCUUUCGAGAUGUAUCAGCACUGAGGCCAUUCAGAGUUCUUCGAGUCCUGAAAAUCAUCACAGUAUUCUCUGGUUUAAGGACAAUCUUCAGUGCCGUCAUCCAGUCGGUGAAGAAGCUGCGUGAUGUCAUGAUUCUGACCUUCUUUUUUCUUAGCAUCUUUGCUCUGAUUGGUCUUCAGCUGUUCAUGGGAAACCUCAGACAAAAAUGCGUUAUUACGUCGUCAUACAAUAGAAACCUAUCAGAGGGAGCUUUCAACAUCAGUUCCCACGAAAACAACAGCAGUGACUUUGAUUUCAACACACACGUUAACAACCCAGACAAUUAUUACCACCUACCUGGUCAUCUUGAUGCGCUGCUGUGUGGAAACAGCUCUGAUGCAGGGACCUGUCCAGAGGGAUACAUGUGUCUGAAGGCAGGGAGAAACCCAAACUAUGGGUAUACCAGCUACGACAGUUUCAGCUGGGCGUUUCUGUCUCUGUUCAGACUCAUGACUCAGGACUUCUGGGAAAAUCUCUUCCACCUGACGCUGCGGGCGGCAGGUAAAACCUACACCAUCUUCUUCGUGGUCGUCAUCUUCCUUGGUUCCUUCUACCUCAUGAACCUCAUCCUGGCGGUGGUGGCCAUGGCGUACGCUGAGCAAAACAGGGCGAACAUCGCCAAGGCCAAACAGAGAGAAAGGGAGUAUGCCCGCAUCCUUAAGGAGUUAAAGGAAAGAGAAGAGAAGAUGGUCAAGAGGGCGGCGCCGUUGGAGAAAAACGGCUCUGCUUCACAUGAGGACGAUAACACCAGGGAUGACCUAGAGGACGACCAGAGGCCGCGUUCGUCACGCUGGUUCAUCUUUGCUGACACCUUCCUGAAGUGGGAUUGUUGUGGCUGUUGGAGACGGUUGAAAAAGCUUCUGCAUACUGUUGUCAUGGAUGCAUUUGUGGACGUCGCCAUCACCAUGUGCAUUGUCCUCUACACUGUCUUGAUGGCCAUUGAGCAUUAUCCAGCGACUACGGAGGUUGAGGAGCUUAUCAGCAUUGGAAACCUGGUGCUGACAGGCAUCUUAACAGCUGAGAUGGUUCUCAAAAUUCUGGCGAUGGAUCCAUAUCAUUACUUUCAGGAAGGCUGGAAUAUCUUCGAUAGCAUCAUCGUCACAAUGAGUCUGGUGGAUCUGGGACUGGCUGGUGUUCAUAGUCUCGCUGUGUGGCGGCCCUGCAGAUUGAUUAGAGUGUUUAAGCUCGCCAAGUCGUGGCCGGCUUUCAACGUGUUGAUAAAGAUCAUCCGCAACUCUCUGAGAGCCCUGGGGAACUUGACGCUGCUUCUCGCCAUCUUUGUCUUCAUCUUCACUGUAUUUGGGAUGCAGUUGCUUGAAAAGAGCUACAAAGAUCAUGUCUGUCCCAUUGCCUUGGAUUGUGAGCUUCCUCGCUGGCACAUGAACGACUUCUUUCAUGCCUUCCUCGUCAUCUUCAGGAUGCUGGUUGGCGAGUGGAUUGAGACAAUGUGGGACUGUAUGGAAGUCGCAGGGAAGCCUACAUGCCUGAUUGUCUACAUGAUGGUAGUGGUGAUCGGAAAACUAGUGGUUCUGAAUCUGUUCCUAGCCUUGCUGCUAAGCUCAUUCAGUGGGGAUAAUCUUGCAGUUACUGAAGAUGAAGGAGAGAAUAAUCUCCAGAUUGUGAUAAACCGGAUCAGCAGGGGCACAGCAAGGACUAAGGCCCGGUUCUGGACUUUGGUGGGAAAGAAAACAAACGUAAACUCAGAUGUAAAUGAUGUAACUUGUGAAGAAGGCGACAAAUCAAAGGAAAUUUUACCUCUGACAAUCGUAAAUUCACAGCAAUCGGUGGUAAAAGUCCAAGACCCCGAAGAAACCAAAACCUGCUUCGAAGCCAAAUCUGACUCUGAGAUAUCAAAAAGUAAAGAUGAUGAGGAUAAUGAGGAGGAAGACAAAGAUGAACAACUUCCACAAGGUGAAAAGUCUUUGGACUGCAGCGACAUGGAGAGAUUUCCUGUAAUCUCAAUAGUGAAAGAGGUAGAAAGCACUCCUGACGAUUGUUUCACAGAAAAGUGUUACAGUUGCUGUCCAUGCCUGGAUAUAGACACGUCCCAGAGCAUAGGAAGGAUCUGGUUACAUAUCAGAAAAACUUGCAUCGCCAUCGUAGAGUCCAAGUACUUUAAGUCAUUCAUCAUCAUGGUGAUCCUGCUGAGCAGUGCAGCUCUGGCCUUUGAGGACAUCUACAUUGAGCAGCGCCGGGACAUCAAGAUAAUUCUGGAAUAUGCAGAUCAGGUUUUCAACUUCGUGUUUGUGGUGGAGAUAAUUCUCAAGCUGAGCGCCUCUGGAUGUAAAACCUUCUUCUCCAACGCCUGGUGCUGGCUGGACUUCCUUAUUGCAGAUGUGUCUCUGGUGUUACUGUCAGCAAGCAUCCUGGGAUACUCUGAGCUGGGAGCUAUCAAAACUCUGAGGACUCUGAGAGCAUUGAGACCCCUUAGAGUCUUGUCUUGCUUUGAGGGCUUGAGGGUAAGACUGGCAGUUUAAAUCGUGAUAUAUUACUGUCUGGUUGGUUUAGCAUUUCACUCACUCCUGUCGUAUCUGCUGGCGGUUAAUGCCUUGGUUGGUGCCAUCCCCUCCAUCUUCAACGUGCUGCUGGUCUGUCUGAUCUUCUGGCUCAUCUUUAGCAUCAUGGGUGUGAACCUGUUUGCAGGGAAGUUUUAUCACUGCUUCAACGAAACAUCAGAGGAGCGUUUCCUUCCUGAGGAUGUCAACAAUAAAACCCAGUGUCUCGAUUUGAUUGAGAAGGGCUCCUCCGAGGUUCGCUGGAAGAACACAAAGAUCAAUUUUGACAACGUUGGGAUGGGCUACCUGUCUCUGCUGCAAGUGGCCACAUUUAAAGGCUGGCUGGACAUCAUGUAUGCAGCGGUGGACUCCAGAGAGGUGGAGUCUCAGCCAGUGUAUGAGGACAACCUGUUCGUCUACUUGUACUUUGUCUGCUUCAUCAUCUUUGGCUCCUUCAUUCCUUUCUGCCUCUUCAUCACUUCACUCAUCAACUUCAACCAGCGUAAACCAAAGCCUGUAGAAAUAGAACCGCCGAUAAAAUGGAUGCCCAGAGAGCCUCCGCCCCGACCGACGAACAAGUUUCAGGGUCUAGUCUUCGACCUUGUGACCCAUCCGUUUUUUGACAUCUUCAUCAUGGUGUUGAUCUGCCUUUUCACGUUGAUGAUGAUGGUGGAAACAGACGACCAGAGUCCGGAGAUGGAAGAAAUCCUGUACUGGGUCAACUUCGUUUUCAUCAUGAUCUUCAGCACAGAGUGUUGUCUCAAAAUCUUUGCUCUACGAAAGCAUUACUGUUAUGAUGGGUGGAACAUAUUUGACCUUGUGGUGAUAAUAUUCUCUAUUGUUGGUUUAUCUUUUCAUACUCUCUUCCGUGUGACCCGACUGGCUCGCAUUGGCCUGAUCCUCCGUCUCAUUCGCAGAGCCAAGAGAAUUAGAAAGCUGUUGUUUGCAUUCAGAAAGUCCCUUCCUGCUGUAUUCAACCUAUGCAUCCUCCUCUUCAUCAUCAUGUUUGUCUUCUCCAUCUUUGGGAUGUCGAAUUUUGCUUACGUGAAGCAGGGGGCCAUGAUGGAUGACUUGGUGAACUUUGAGACCUUUGGGAACAGUAUGAUCUCCAUGUUUACGAUCACCACAUUAGCUGGAUGGGACGGUCUUCUCUAUCCCAUCAUGAACACACCUCCAGACUGUGAUCCAGACUUUGAAAACCCAGGCACGUCUGUCAGGGGCAACUGCGGCAGCCCGGCAGCAGGCAUUGUCUUCUUGACUUUGUAUAUCAUUGUGUCCUUUCUGGUGGUGGUCAAGAUACAGAUCACCAUCAUCCUGGAGGUAUUUAACGUCGCUGCAGAGGAGAGCGCCAACACACUAUCUGAGUACAGCAUUGAUAUGUUCUAUAAAACCUGGGAGAGGUUUGACCCACAAGCUUCGCAAUUUAUUCACUACAGUGAGCUGUCAGAUCUCUGUGAUGCUCUACCGGAUCCUCUCAGGAUCCCCAAGCCCAACACCGUCAACCUGCUACAAAUGGACCUGCCUUUGGUUCAAGGAGACAGGGUCCACUGUCUGGACGUCCUGCUAGCUCUCACUGAGGAGGUUUUUGGUGAAUCCCAGGCAACAGAGGAACUAAAGUCAACCAUGGAGUGGAAGUUCCUGGCCAAAAUUGCUUCAGAGGAGAGUUUAAGACCAAUCGUCAGCACCUUUCGAAAGAAACACGAGGAGAUGGCAGCAACAGCGAUCCAGAGAGCCUACAGGAGACACGUUCAGGAGCGAGGGAACAAGCAGGAGUCCUACCAGUAAAUGGAAAAGACAGAGGGACAGGGGGACAAUCUGUCUCCACCAGAGACGGAGGGAUUUCUCUGUAAACCAAUGGCUCAGCUGUACGGAGACAGUCUUAAAACUCUUUAACAGAAGGUUUGCCUUUCACCAAAUGUGAAAAUUAGUUUCUGGAAGCGAAGCGGAGGAGGUUGGGUCAGGCAGCAAUGAUAAGUGAUGCAGCAAAGGAUUAUAGGAAGUUUAAUUGAAGUCGCAUUUUUGAGGAAAGGAAAUUUUAUUUACAUUUCAGGAACAAGAAAAUACAAAGUGCUUGGCCGAGUGACAUAUAUACGAUAGUGGCGAUAUUAUAUUGGAUAUCGAUAUUUUCCCAAAUUUUCAGAUAUAUCAAGAAAGAAUAAAAGAGAAAGUACAGAUUGUACUCCUUAACCUUAAAGUAAAAACGUAUAGCUUUUACAAAUAUUUUAACAAAUAUUUUCACCUCCAAAGGACUUCAGAGGUCUAGUAAACUAAAACAAAGUUUUAAUCAUAUUAAGUACAUUAGCUUUUAUGUUUUGCUCAUAACUUGUUACAUUUUAAAAAUUAUUGAUAGAAUCUGUUUUUUCUUCCAACCGAAUUGAAAUGUACAGCAGUCACACAUACGCAGAAUACUUUGUGAGAUUCGAUACUCCACCAAACCUGAAUUUAACAGAAGUUGUGUUGAUUUAAACCACUUUUCCAUUUUAGCAAGAAGUUAAAGCAUUUUAAUUAACAUAUAAACUUCAUAUCUGUUUUAAUUUUAUUUUUUUUUUAUAGACAAAUAUGUUGCUUUGUAACUGUGUAUUGUUUUUGCAGAUGUUUUCUGUGGAAAGCAAGACAUAUGACUAAAAAAAACCUGCAAAGAAUUGCAUGAUUUCUCACCAGAUGAACCACCUUCGUAAUGCCUUAAUUAAUGGUCGUAUUUACCGAUUCUUUUAGUUUAUAACUUAUAUGAAGAAGCUGGUUUUACACCUUUCAUUCAUACUCAGCUAAAUGUGAACUAAUCAUGUUGAACUAAUCAUUCCAUUAAGUUGUUUGUUAAUGGGAUUUUGUUGUAUUUAACUAUAUACCAUCUAAUUAUAACUGGACAAUGACAUUGUCAUAAAUUCUGUAUCAGUUGUUGUUUGCAGAAAUGCAUUUUCACUUGUUAUUGUUGUUAUCCAAUAUUUCAUGCAUAUUUUUGUCUACCAUUAUUUUCAGUAAACAUUAAACGUUUUGUUUAGACCUUA